UGGAUCUUCGAGUUGAUUUUUUUAUUUUUAGCAUUGUAAAGAUGUGAAAUUGUGACAAAUAAUAUUUCAGCUGUCACCGAUCCGUAUUUUAAUCAGACUGGUAUGCACAGCCAUUUAAGGCAUUUGUAGCUGAGAAUUCUCUGGUACUUGCAAUCAAAAUCAUGUUGAAGUUAUAGAGAUCCGUCCAAUCUUUUUUAUUUUUAUUUUUAUUUUGAGGGAGAACCAUUGAAUUUUAAUGUUACGGUAUAUAGAAAAUUAUGGAGCUGAUAUAUUUUUUUUUAUUACACAUAUUUGAUUUAUUUCAGAUGGAUGAAUUAUGGAAGAAUAAAAUCUAUGCAAUUCAUACAAUUGCCGCCGCUGGGUCGGUGACAUUCGGGACUGCCGUAACUUACCCUCUUGAUACUAUCAAAGUUCUUGUUCAGGUUGGUUCUGGUUCUAGCAAACAAUUGACGGCCACUCAGGCUUUAGAAAGAGUCCGAUAUAUAUCAGGAUAUUCAGGUUUGUUCAGUGGUUUUGGUUGGUUUGCAUUUGGAAGAAUUUUAGGCGUGGGAGCUCGCUUUGGAACCUAUGAAAUCGUGACGGCCUUUUAUAAAGAUGGUCGGCAACACAAUUAUGUAUAUUCAUCGGAGGCUCUUAUGGCAGGAAUGGUAGCUGGAGCGGCAGAAUCACUAAUAAGCUCCCCUUUUGAACUUAUAAAACUCCGUGCACAGGUGACGUCUGCUUCUCGUGUUCCAAGCCAUUUCUCCAUGACAAAAAAGCGAGUUGUUGCGCCAGUUAUUGAAAAGUUGCUGUGUGGAUAUGGUCCAGACAAGAAUGCAUUAAAUUAUGCUGUUGGCCUUUUAUCAACACUAACUAACAAACAUCCAAACAUGACGGGUGCUUUGCAAGGGUAUCCAUGGAUGAUGACGGGGUCUGGGAGUCCACCUUCGGUCUGUGACGUUAGGAGGCCAUCCAAGAUUCUCUCUUUGGAAGGAUGGAGUGCAAUGUGGAGAGGUUUAAGGCCAGGACUUGUACGGGAUUCUGUUUAUGGUGGUAUCUUCUUUUCCACUUGGCAAUUCCUACACCAAGCAAUGCUGGACUGGAAGGCAGUUGGGAUGGAUCCAAUACCCAGUGUGAACGAGGAUGUGGAUCCCCUAUCUCCUUUAGCUGUCAGCCUUUCAGCAGGAUUUUCUGGUUCAGUAGCCGGCGCUGUUUCUCAUUUUUUUGACACUGCAAAGUGUCGUUCAUUAUGUACUGUGCUGCCCAAGUUUGUCUCCUUGGAGAGGAAGCUUCUCAAAUGGAAACGACCAGGGAGUAGGUUUGAGAGAUUUACCGGGAUUCAUCCCGCUGACAGGAACGUCCUGUUCAACGGCAUUUGGUUGCGGAUGGCUCGUUGUGGGGUUGCAUCGUUUUUUAUGGUGGGAUAUUAUUUCUUGGCUGUUGAUCAGCUCGUUUCAAGAGGAAGUAGAUUGACAUAGAGUGCUUUCUCCAAGAGAGUUCGAGAGAGUCUUUUGAUAUUUGAAUUAGGACUGUUUUUUCACUACAUUACAUCUUUUGACAAACUAAAAAUUCAUAUCCGGAAGAACAAAAGCAUUCAUAUGUCUCUACGUGUAAGGAUGGGUAUGCUCAUGAAUAAAGCAUUCAUUGAUUUUUGUAUUAAAAAUUGAUGCUCAA